AUGGCAUCUCAAGGCUUUGAAAUCCACGCUAAAUCUGAACGAAUCAUUGGACCCGUUCAUAACAGUGGACUAGCGGAAAUUUUGGGUGCACAGACAGCACUUCGCUUACUGAGAAAGUGGCGAGGUUACAAAAAUGAGCCAGUUAUUCUACGCACAGACUUUCUUCCAUUAGUGAAAGCCAUGAGUGAAGGUGGCAGUGAUGGAAGAUUUAGCGAACAAAUAGAAGAAGUUCGAAAAUUAGCGACAAAAUUUCCUAAAGGAGUAGAGUUUCAACAUGUGUACGCACAUGAUGGUGAUCCAGGAAAUGAACAGGCCGAUGCACUGGCACGGAUGGCGACGGCUGAGGCGAGAAGAGCGCGAUCGGCGAGUGUGUCGAGAGAACUCUUCGAACCAGAUGGACCUCGCAGGGGGAGAUCAAUCAGUAGAAAUAGGGCAGCAUUCCGAUCUAGGAAAGAGCGCGAUCGGCGAGUGUGUCGAGGGAACUCUUCGAACCAGAUGGACCUCGCAGAGGGAGAUCAAUCAGUAGAAAUAGGGCAGCAUUCCGAUCUAGGAGUAGAAAUCGCAACUUCAAUUGGAACAGAAAUCGCUUGCGUUCACGCAGCAAUAAUCGCUAUCAUAUCAGAAGUCAUAGCGCUUUCGUAG